AUUUGUUUGACUAAAUUCAACUAGCGAAGUAAGCAUUGUUGCAGUCUUUUCCUCAUGUGCGAAUCAUGACUUCUUUUUAUCCAUACCUCUUGAUUUUCUACAUGUUAUAAGUUUAUUUUCCUUACAUUAUUGACGUUCACUUCAUUUCCUAAAUUCAUUCCAUAAAUAGUGAAUACGUACAAGUUCCUAGUACAUGAAAACGAAAAGCUGUACUGUUGCGAAUUUCUACGCCUAAACAAGUGGUAAACAUAUAUUUACCAAAAACUCUUAUUCAAUGGAAAUCGGAUUAAAUGGAAUAAACUAAGUACUUCUAUAAAUUUUAUUGUUUUGGAAUAUUUGAAAAAAGGCAAUGUUGAUUUGGUUUUCGUUUUAACAAAAAGAUGCCAAAUCUCCCAACUGAAAUAUGGCUUCGCAUUUUUGAGAAUCUAGUAAGCUGGAAUCCGUAUGAAGCAAAGAAUAAUGGCGCUUUAUUAAGAAUUUGUCGCAAUGCCUUCUCCGGUGGUUUACCAGUUAUUUAUUUUUUCCCCAAAUUAAACGCAAAGAAUUAUGCCAAGUUCUUCAACACGAUCAGCGAAACUGAUUAUGGAAAAUUGGUGCAUCAUUUAAAUCUAACGAGCGUUUCUUAUACCUCCAAAGCUUCAAUAACCUCUCGCCUGCUGCGAAGAUGUGCAAGGGACCUGGAGAGCUUUUCAGGUCCCCAAACAGGUCUUGGUUUUACAGCUCUUCGAGCUUUAUCCACCUGCACUCGUUUAAGAAAAAUUGACCUUUCUGUCUUAUCUGAACGAAUCGACCUACAGUACCUUUUCGCGGGAAUUCAAAACCUCCAGUACUUAGAAUACAUUAAUUUUCCUGCUUUAUCAAAGUUUUCUCCCAGGCUUACUGAGUCUUGGCCACCUUCUCUUGUACAUAUUGGCUUUGCUGGAGCUAUUACAGACGACUUUGUUGCUUAUUCCAAUUUUCCACUUUCACUGAGAAGCGUAAACAUAACGAAUUGCCCUCAACUAACAGAUACAGGCAUCUUUACUUUACUCUCCAAGGUGGGUGAAACAGUUACAUCUGUAAACGUUCAGUAUCCUAUGGCCGAACUUUCUCGUAAUGCUCUUGAUUGUGUUUUUCAAUUAUGCCCUUACGCCAGCGUUAUUAGUGUACCUGCAAAUUACAUUACAUCCAAUUUAUUUGAGAGCUUGUCUGAGUCUGAAUCUGGCCAUAAGGUCGAACACUUAGAAAUUAGCUAUUCUGGGAGCUUAUUAACUGCAAUCAGUUUGGUGAAAGCCGAUGACCUUGUUUCUGCAUUGGCCGAUGGUAAGCUACCUCAACUUCGCCGAUUACAGUAUUCCAUUCGUCUUGGAUGGAAGGAAGAAUCUGAGGAUGUACAGGACUUGGUUGAUUUAAUUGACGAUCAGGGCGGUGAAGUUUUCGUUAGUGUAAAAUAAUUACUUUUUGAUAGAAUGCGACUCUUUUUUGGAAUAGGCGUUAUGACUUACUAUAUAUAACUUGUACUAAAUCUUUGCAAUUAAAUCUAACAUUUUUAUA